CAUCUCUAUGCUAGCUGAUCUUCUCAAGAAAACGUAAUGCACCCAAGAAAAUUCUUUCCUUGCCGGCAGUUUCCCCCCCCUGUUUUGCUCACUUUCAUUUAGGUUGCGUUUAGAUUGAAGAACUUGGUAUAUAUGUAUAUUUGAAUUUAGAGUUGGAUUUCAAAUCAAUCAUGCAUGAUUGUAAUUAGAUCUAAGAUUUUGAAAAGCUUAAAUGCUUGUUUGGCCUUGUUAAUAUAAAUCCAAAUCCAAUCUUAAUAUAUAAUCUGGCCAAGUACAAGUGAUUUGGAUUUUAAAGGCCCCGGCCGGCCAAAUCCAAAUCCCCCUCCUAAAUCCAUCCUACCAAACAUACCAUUAAAAAAUCUCCUAUUGUUUCUUUCUAACUUUUUUUUGGCUUUAAUUAAUGUUGAUAUUCUCCAGUUUGAAGAAGAGAGACAUUCUCUAGCCACAAGAUUUCUCUAGUCACAAAGAGAUUACACAAAAGUAAAUCUACAAAUUGAUGCGACUAACUUGAUGGGGUAUGUCAAUUAUAAAGUUACUUUUAUUAUAAAAUAAAUUUAACAAAUUCCAUGAUGCCAUGUUAGUUUGUGAGUUUAUUUUUAUGUAAAUUCUUUGUGUCUGUAAUAAUUCUAAAUACACAAUUUGCGGUGAUUUUUUCUUUCAUUUCCUUCGCCUGAUCUAUCUCCCAUUUCCUGCUAUGUACUAUUCCCCAGAUAUGGCACUCAGCCUCAGUGUUUCAAACUUCCAUUAUCCAUUAGCUAAUGAGACAGCCAUUGCCAUUAUUUUUUGGACCAUUUACAAGGUUGUUUUCUAAUUCUUUUUCAUAAUUAUAAAGCUGAAUUCUUCUCUCAAUCAGUGGGCAGACCCCACCAUUGCCUCCAUAAUUAGAGAUCUCCAUCCAUAAAUACGUACGUACCCAUCUCCAAUUGCGUGUGUCCUCCACACUUCUCCUCUGCAGUUCAUAUCAUUAUUUGUUCAUUAACAACCAUGGCAUCCAACCAAACAUCCCUCAAUGGUGCCAAAUUCACCAUUCCCUCCAUGGACCUCGAGCAACAGUCAGCCCUAGAGCUUGAAACCAAGGAAUUUGACUACUCUAAAAGAUCUCAAUGGCUACGUGCAGCUGUCUUAGGAGCCAAUGAUGGGUUGGUGUCAACAGCCUCAUUAAUGAUGGGUGUUGGAGCUGUUAAACAAGAUGUAAAGGCCAUGAUACUUACUGGGUUUGCUGGUCUUGUUGCUGGGGCUUGCAGCAUGGCCAUAGGAGAGUUUGUGUCAGUGUACUCACAGUUGGACAUAGAGUUGGCCCAGCUGAAAAGAGACAAUCAAAGGGGAAAUGGUGAAGACAGAUCAGAAGAGGAAGAGAAAGAGAGUUUGCCCAACCCCAUGCAAGCUGCUGCAGCAUCAGCUCUUGCCUUUUCUGUGGGUGCAUUGGUUCCACUGCUAGCAGCUUCAUUUAUAGAGGAGUAUAAGGUGAGAGUGGGGUUGAUUGUUGGUACAGUGAGCUUGGCUUUGGUGGUUUUUGGGUGGCUGGGGGCUCUGUUAGGUAAGGCCCCUGUGUUUAGGUCUGUUGUGAGGGUUUUGCUUGGAGGUUUGAUUGCCAUGGCUAUAACCUUUGGGUUGACCAAGUUGAUUGCAUCUAGUGGGCUGUGAAUCUGUGAUAUUAAUAUACCCCAAUCUCCAACUACAUACACAAUGUUCUUUGUUUAUGUGCCCUCUCUUUCUCCUGGUAAUGUAACCAGUCACGACAGUUUUUUUUUUUCCCUUCCUCUGUCUUCUCUAUUGCAUCUUUCCUUGUAUCAGAUGGAUGCUAAAACCAGUUAAUCACGAUUUAUGA